AUGCCGGGGCUCAACUUCAUCUACGAGUACUUUUGCUAUUUUGUGCCUAUUCUAACUCGGGCCUCUUCAUCGCCUACCGAUACAAGCAAUCUUAACCUUCUCAUUCUCCAAGUGUUGACACGCUACAGCGGUUCGACCAUCUACGGGGUUGGGGGCCAUUCCGUCUUGAUAUCCAUAUCCGAUGAGCUGGCCGUGAAGGUUGCCUACAGAGCGGGCGGAGAGCAUGUUCGUCACGAGCAGUCCGUCUUCGAGCUCCUGGAGACAAAGCCCUGUCCAUACAUAGCUCACUCUUACUUCUCCGCGCUAGACAUGAUAUUUAUGGAGCUUGUCAAGAACGGCACGCUCUAUGAUCGCAUAAGGCAGGUAGACCCUAUCCUAAAAUGGAUGCAGCAGCUCGCCGAGGCAGCAGUGACUUUGGAGAACAUAGGAUACGCCCACGGAGACAUCAACCCUCGAAACAUCCUCUUUGACGACGAGGAUAACCUUCGACUAGUCGAUUUUGACGGAAGUAGAGGUGGGCGAGGAGCCAUACGUCAUCGCUACAUGAACUACGGCAAAGCGGGACCCGAUACGGAACAGUUUGCCCUAGGAUCAGUGCUCUGGUACCUGAGUCGGGGCAAGGAACUGUAUUCCGACAUUGAUGGGGUAGAGAAGGUCAACAGGCGAGCCGGUGCUAAAUUCGAGUCAAUGGCAGCACUGGCUAAGCGGGUUCGCCAAGUCGCUUUCGACAAGAGCUUGGAAGAGAAGAAGAGUGUGUGUGAGCAGCACUACAGCUCUCUCCGAGCCACUUUAGAUAGUAACUAG